AUGUCAACCCGUUAUGCAUCAUCCGGCACAGAGAGAGCGUGGAUCGAACGAGCGAUCUUCGUCUCCUUAUACGUCUUGCUACUGGAGUCUUUCAUCCAAUGGGGCAUUGUAAUUUAUCUCUAUGUUGAGCAACAUGUGGACGCGAAAAUGACACCCAGUCUGAUACUCGCUCUUGUAGCGUCCUUCUUCACUGUGCCCCUUGUCAUUUUACACAGCUUCCUUGCCUGGCAAUACAAUAGGGUUGCAAGUUUUACCAGCCAAAAGACCAUGCUCCGAUUUAUUUGUAGCUGGGUAUUAGGGCUGGCGACUCUAAUCUGGAUAGCUGCCAGCGCCACAGGUCUCGUGGCCAUAUCGCAACACUUGCCAUGCCUACCCAACGAAGGUGAAGGCAGCUUCUGGAAAAUGGGUGUAAGCUGUGCUCUUUACCGGACGUCUGUUAUAGGUUCUAUUGUAUCAUUCAUUAGUUUGUGCUUGUAUUUCGGCUUCAGACGGCUCUGCGGACGCCCGUACGACGUUUCGUUGCUGGGAGUGUAUAAACGCCAGCCUUCAAUCUCAGUUUGCGACGACAGCAUCCUGAGCAGCUGGAGCACUGAAAGUGAUAAUAGCUUGAAGCAUGACAUCUACUACGUCUGCCGUCGUCCGGAUAUCACGUAUGGCAGGGGGCUUUAUAUGUCUUCAAGUGAUAAUACCAUCCAAAUGUCCACAAGCAUCGAAUAUCCAACCAUCGUCCACCAAAAAUCUCACCCAGGGUUUGAGGCCGAGUAUGACUCGGAUACAGUGGACUUGCUGUCAGGUACCACUCUUUCCCCGCAGGAAACUUUUACGAGAAAGCUGCCCGGGGUGAUGACGAGCUCAGAUCUUCUUUCUCGCGCUUCACGCACGCCCACAAUGGCAACUUUACAUUCUUACGGUGACCAUCAUAAGCAAAGUGCUCCCGUUGAGCUACCUGGGGCACCACUUUCCAAGUCUGGACAUACGAGGCAAAAGUCUUCCGUAUCGUCGCUGCGCCGGCUGCUGCCCAAACUGUUUUCGCAACCAUUGUCCGCGGAUCCUCAAAUACGCGCUCUAGCCGACUCCAACACGGAAGUAGAUGUCGAGAAAGAAGCACGGAUGGUUGAGCGCCCUCCGACUCCGAAAAAAGAGUACGCCCCUGGGCAUCCGUUGGCUUCAGCUCCUGUGGAGAAACCCUUGCCAGCCAUCACAGCCGAGAACCUCAAAACCGAAGCAUAUCAGCCAGGAGCAAGAGCUCUGCCACGAUCUGCGACCAUGAACUCAGCUGAUGCUCCCGAAGUCCUCGUACCGGAACCACUGAACGUACGCCGCUCCAAUACCUCGCAAACGGCUCCUGUCCCUAGGAGCACAUAUACACCAUACCAGGCGCCCUUCACUCCAAUUCUCCCAAGAUCGGCGACGCGCCCGGCAUUUAAUCAGGCAUCUAGCUAUAGGGGAGUCCCGAUCGACCGUGAGAUGGCCAGCCGGCAGAACUCUAGGCGGGGCAAUAGACGAGAGAGUCAGCUAUAUCAGUUUGAUUCCUCUCAGAUCCCGCGGCAUACCCAAAGUCAACACCAACCCCACCAGAAUCCCUACGGCCGUCGCUGGUAUCAAGAGCACAAUCGCCGCAUGUCAUCGGCAACCCGCGGAAACGACGCCGAGCUGGGCUACUCCAACCCACGCCGCCCACGCAGCAAUACGUAUGGUGGCCUCGCCUCGGCGCCGAGCAGGCUAGACAGCAUUCGUGAGACAGGCACAUCUGUUGACGAAUCGCCGGAGAGCUACCUCUCUGAGGCGAAUGCAUACCAGGGCCCACCUCGAACGAAUAGUGUCUUUGGAAACUAGCGCCUGCAGGUCAGGCUUUUCACUCUCCCCAAGACCUACGAUCUCUCAAAUUUCGAUUCUCGAUAUACAUUUUGUGCUCAGGC